GUCAUGUCUGAUUUCGUUUCGUUUUGUUUCUUCCUUUGCUCUUAUGUUUCCUAAGCUAUCAGUCUGCCAGCGUGCUGUUCGACUGGAUGGUUGGAACGUUCAGUAAAAAGCAUGCUGCCUGGUUAGUCGGUUGAUUCAGUGAAUGGCUUGCUGGCUGCAUUGUCGGUCGGUUUUUAGUUAAGCUGUGUUGAUUUACCAUGUCGCUUUUCAAAUGGCAAAGAUACAGGAAUAGUAAGUUAACGUAACAAAUCAUCUAUGCAGAGACAUUUUUUUUCUUUUCAUAAAAAAAGGAUCGAGCAUUUGCUUUGUAAGAUAAUGAAAGAUCAUAUGCGGCUAGAAGAUCGGGUAAAUAAAUCAACGAUACAGCGAUGCAACAAAGCGGUUCGAGAAAUUAAGGUAUAUGGCCGUAACAUCCCAGACAUCAGAGCUUCCAAAUCGGUUAUCAUGACAAAAGGCACGCACACCUACUGAAAUGGAGUUUUGGGCAUCCAUAACAUUGACAAUAUUUUCGCUAUGUCUGCCUUCUUCGUCUGCUGACGAUGUGGAACUUUCGUUGGUUAACAGACUCUUAAAGAACUAUGAUAAGAGGGUUCGUCCAUCUUUGAACUCGUCAGAAGCAAUAAACGUCACCUUCGGAGUGGCAUUAGCUCAGAUAAUCGAUGUGGAUGAGAGAAACCAAAUACUUACAACAAACUGCUGGCUCAAUCAGGUUUGGUUGGACGUUAAUCUGCGAUGGGAUCCUGACAAAUACAAUGGUAUCAAAGUGGUCCGGAUUCCUUUUACAGAUGUCUGGAAACCUGAUAUACUACUAUACAAUAAUGCCGACGUGACUUCUUAUUUUUCUUCAUUAAGUUCAAAUGUUAUCGUUACAAGUGAAGGCAACGUCACGUGGUUGUCAAUGGUGAUAUUCAAAAGUUCGUGCAGAAUAGACGUUCGUUACUUUCCUUUUGAUGAGCAAAAUUGCUCGAUGCAGUUUGCUUCGUGGACUUACGACGGUUUCCAGCUGCAGCUGCGCAUGAACUCUGAAGAAGGAGAUAUCUCCAACUACAUCCGUAACAGCGAGUGGGUCCUCAUUAAGCUUCACGUUGAAUGGAAUUUAGUCUACUACUCUUGCUGCAUUGAACCUUAUCCGGAUAUCACUUACUAUAUUCAAAUACGUCGUAGACCUUUGUUUUACGUCUUCAACAUGAUUCUUCCCUGUAUUCUCAUUACGUUAGUGGCACUCCUUGGUUUCUAUAUACCAUCGGAUUCUGGCGAGAAAGUUACCAUGGGUAUUACUACACUGCUGUCCAUGACAGUAUUUAUGAUGCUUGUGGCCGAAAAUAUGCCGCCCACGUCAGACGUUUUGCCACUUAUUGGUAUCUACUAUGGUAUCACCAUAUCAAUUGUAUCAUUUGCCACGGCCAUGACAGUAUUCACCUUAAAUAUUCACCACAAGGGAGCACGAGGACACGAAGUUCCCAUCAUCAUCAAGAAGAUCUGUUUCGGUAUUUUAGCGAAGAUUUUCUGCAUGCGUCUGGAGAAGCCUAACAAUAAGUCAUCAAACGUGGCUCACCUUUCCGAUAUGUCAAGUUCCAGCGAGAUUCCAGAGAUGUUUGUGCCGUGCUCCUCCCAGUCUAACUCAUCCUACAUCAGAUUCAAACUGUCUAGCCAAGAAGAGAGCGAUCAGAACGCAAAGCCACUACUGGAAAUGAAUCCCACACUUAGCCAGCAACAAUCGAUGAUUCGAGAAACACGCUUUCACGGGGAUCUAGAAACCAGCAAUGGCGGUAUUCUGUCGCCCAGAUUCAGUCGGCUGCGCGGUUUGCAAAGUCGCUUAACGUCGCCCACACAUUCAAGUGAUGACUUUGAGAGACAGUUCAAAAGAGUCCUUACAAAAGUUUAUCAAACGAUAGAGCGAAACGAAAUACGUCUCGCGGAACAAGACCGCAGAGAUGUUAUAAAAUUGGAAUGGCAGCAGGUGGCGCAGAUAGUUGAUCGUCUGUUCCUCACUAUCUUCGUAUGCGUUACAAUACUUAUCACCUGUAUUGUCAUGUUCAAAGCUCCUCAUUCAACUGAGAGUCUUAUCAGUUGACUCGUAUAAGGAUUUUAAAAAUGGACAAAAUUCACAAUUAAUUCGCAGUGAUAAUGACUUGUGUUUGUUAAAGGUGGCAAUACGGAUAAGUGAUAUAACAAAUGUGACCAUAUAUCUUGGAGUUAAAAACGGGACUAUUUGUUAAUUUUGUCGUUGAAUAUACAGAAUUAGUAAGAUAUUCUGAUUUCUUGCAAAAAGCGAGAUAAUUUUCGGCUAUGUGAAGCUUACUAUAUGCAGCAAAUAUUGACAAAAUGACAAAUAAUAUACAGUGAUUUAAUAGAUAAUUAUGAGGGUUCUCCUCAAAAAUGUGACAUGAUAUUAGUCUAAUGUUUUAUUGGCAACACUGAAUAGAUGCUGUUUUUCAAAACAACAGAAAAAAAUAGUUGUAAGAAUCACUAACGAGCUUUACUAAAAUUAUUUUUUGAAAAACAAUUUACAAAAAUUACGAAUAUCUUUCAAAUUUGAGAACUUUCUUACUUAAAUCUUAAUUUUCUAAUGAGUGUUAACUCUAUAAAAUUAUACAAGAUUUGAGGCUUUAAAAAUGAUUAGCGUUUACAAUAUAUAUAAAUAUAUAUAUAUAUAUAUAUAUAUAUAUAUAUAUAUAUAUAUAUAUAUAUAUAUAUAUAUAUAUAUAUAUAUAUAUUGUUUGUGAGACACUGCUCUUACAGCAUUUAGUUGACAACCUGGUUUGUCCUGAGAAAUAUUGGUCACUACAGUUUGGUCACUCUAGGUAUACCCUUCGUCUUACAAUCUAUAUCAAACACUCAAUUUUUUGUCACUCGAUGGGAAUAUGUAUCGAUAAUGGGAACACAAGGAAGGAUAUCUAGUUAUGAAGAUGAAUCAAAGGUUGAAGAUAAAAUUUUAAAAUAUAUUGCUUUUCAUUAAAACAAACAAUUCAACUUAGAUUUGAAAUUCUAAAUAGAA